AGUACUCAGUAUAAUUUGCCGGAGCCCGGAAGAACUCACUCAUGCCUUAAGGCUUAAACUGAGCUCGAGUUGUGCCAUAUACAUUUACAGAGAGCACUUCAUCAUCCACAUCAGUGUCGGGGAGGGAAAGAAAUGGAGGCAGCAGAGCCACAGACCUCAUCUCAAGCUGCAGCAGGAUCUCGAUACGCUUUACAGCCGACUCGAAUCGCAAGCGAAGAUAUACUGUUCUGUAUUGAUGUUGACGCCGAAUCCCUGGUCGAAAUGAAGACAACCUCUGCGAGUGGGAGACCUUAUACCCGAUUGGAUUCCAUCAAGCAAGCUAUCAUCUUCUUCAUCACGGCCAAACUCACCAUAAACCCAGAUCAUCGAUUCGCCUAUGCAGCUCUAGGAAAAUCUGCUUUCUGGCUCCGUAAAGAGUUCAGCAGUGAUGUUGAUUCUGCUAUAUCUACAUUUCGGGCCAUCUCAGUGGAUUCAUCAUCAUAUGGCCAUGCUGACCUAACUCAACUAUUUAGAAUAGCCUCUCAUGAAGCAAAGAAGUCUCGUGCUCAGAAUAGGAUACUCAGGGUGAUUCUACUGUACUGUAGGUCAUCAACACCACCAACACAUCAAUGGCCUGCUAUUCAAAAGCUAUUCACUUUGGAUGCAAUAUACCUCCAUGACAAGCCAGGACCUGAGAAUUGCCCACAAAAGGUGUAUGAUGCCCUAGUGGAGGCCUUGGAACUAGUGAGUGAGAAUGAGGGUUACAUAUUUGAGAGUGGGCAGGGCAGUCUCCGUGUUUUCCUUCGACACAUGUCUGUUCUGUUAUCCCACCCCCAACAGCGUUGCCUGCAAGACUAUAUUGACUUGCCAAAAUCUCUGGCGAAAAAGUCACCUCUGACUGAGUCCACACCAGCUGAUGAGAAUGCCAUUGUAUCUAUCCAAUAGCAUGCACCAGAAAUUAAACACUUGAAGCAUAUCGGUGUUGUGUUGAUCUUUAAGUACUACACUUUAGAAUAUAUUUGUAAUUUUGUCAUUACUUCGGCUUUACACAUUGGCCUCCUACAAGCUCUUUGUGCUGUCAAAAAUGUUUGGCUCAAAUCGAAGUCCAAGUUCUCUGUUGGGUCCUUGGUGGUUAAGAAUUGAGUUUGAUCUAGAACUUGAGAUCAUGGGUGCUACCGUGCUACUCUAAAAAGGAAUCAUACAUUGCAGUUAAGGCGUUUUGAAUUUCUUUUUCCAAAA